GCUCAAUUUUUCUAUGGUAAUAGGCGGGAUAUGACAUUAUCUGUAUUCUUUAAAACGGGAGUAAAAUGUAUGUGAAAGCAAAGGUAAUGGUUUUGGAUUUCAGGUUUGUAUGAUAAUAAACGGGAUAUUCUAUUAAACGGUAUGAUAUUAAGUGGGACCCGCUGUAGUACAGGUGCGUAGCUAGCAUAUUACCGUUAAGAAGCAAACAGGGAUGCAUGAAUAGCUUGUGUUGUUAAAUACAAUUGUUUAGUUCAAAAAAGAGUCCUUUUCGGCUGAGUCAAGAUGUCAUACGAACAGAAAGAGAAGUUUCUGAGCAAGACCAGCUACACAAGCUCCUCGUGUAGUAGCAACAGUGAGGACGAGGAUGAAUUUGAAUAUGAAAAACGCUCAAGGAUGGGCCCACAAGGAGCAAAUGCGGAGUGCGACAUCUGUGGAUCCUCAAUCUUAGUGAAGGCAGUGAGCACAGAUUCUGGGGUUAGCAACCUCUGCUGGAGGCACCGUGUGGCCAACGCUUGCACCAUUCAAGUCGAGUAACAGUUUCACAACUUUAAAGCAGUUAGAUGCACAUAGAAUGUUUAGAGAGUGUUAGGGUUAGAGAGUAAAUGGUAUUUAUCACACUGACGUAAUGGGAA